CAGUCCCUGAACAGAAACCCAGGCUCCUGCAGGUGCCACGGCACAGCCAGAGUGAGGGCCUCGGGCCCCCGCCAGGGUUCUCCCAGGUCACCCCUCACCCCUGGAAGCCAUGACAGAGGCCAGAAAGCUGCCCCCACCACUGCCUCCAAGACUGGACUGGUUCGUGCAGACUCAGGUGGACCAGCUGACCUGUGGAGGGGUCCCUGAGUGGUUCCAUGGUGCCAUCUCGAGAGAGGAUGCUGAGAACUUGCUGGAGUCACAGCCACUGGGAUCCUUCCUCAUCAGGGUCAGUCACAGCCACGUGGGCUACACGCUCUCUUACAAAGCUCAGAACUGCUGCCGCCACUUCAUGGUGAAACUUUUGGACGAUGGGAGCUUCAUUAUCCCUGGGGAAGAGAGAGCCCAUGCCUCUCUACAUGCCUUGGUCACCUUCCAUCAGCAGCAGCCGUUGCGGCCACAUGGGGAUCUGCUGACGCAGCCCAGCCAGCAGAAGGAUCCAGCAAAUGCAGAUUAUAAGGAUCUCUUCCUUUUCUCCAACGCAUUGGCUGAGGAAGCCACCAGCUCUGCUCUUGGCCUCAGCAAACAUCAGAAUCCCUCCUCUUGUCCCAUGGCCCCACUUGAGGAGACCUUCACAGACCCAGUCCUGCUCCAUCGGCGAAAAGAAAGGAAGCCGUUAGCAGAGCCGGACGGGGCGUCCACGGAGGAAGCUACUUCGGAGGAAGCUUCCCCGAAAGCUCCUCUUGAGGAGGCCCGCCAGAAAAUCUGGAGGAAUCUCAAGAUGCUCCCCGAGAUGGGCAAGAAGGUCCAGCGGCAGCUGAAAUCCCAGCUGGUGGCUGCGAGCUCCUCAUCGCUCUGGGACCCCAGGCCGUUGGUGGUGACCCAUGGCUCUGGAGCUGGAGCAGGAGACUCAGCCUGGAAAAAUAACGUCUACAUAGACCCCUUUGUGGCCACAAGCCCCUCACAGCCCCAAGCUCCGAGAAACAGAGAUGAGCCCUCCAGGAAAGCCUCAAGGUCGACCAGCUGGAGCGAGACAACCUCGAGGGUCAGGGACUGGCACCAGGCAGUCGUGAGGGCCCUGUCCUCACAGGCGUCCAAACCGGAGCCAAGGGGCUUGAAAGAACCACAGGACUGUCUCCCUGAAGAGUACCGCUCACCGCCACCCUUCGCCCCCGGGUACUGCUAGGUGCGCCCCGGCUCUGGGACCCUCUCUGCCGGGGGCCGUUCACACCUGGACCUUUUGCUCUCUGCCAUGACCCACUAGCCUUCAGGGACCUGAAGAAUGUAAUAAAGACAUUGCUUGGGUCUGGUCCUGCGAUUGCCA